CUGGGAAUACCACUGCCCCUCUCUAGCUGGAUCAUCUGACACCAACUCCCCCAAGAUUUCCUGACGGAUAUAAUCCAAUUCAUCCCUCCAUAUUUUGGAUAUUCCGAUCGAAGCAACAGUGGCAUUGGCACAUGUAAACAUGGUUCCCGCCUUCUAUACACUUGUGUAUUUUUUCUGUUUACGCAUUUUACACAUAACAGGGACUUUCAAAACCGGAAUGUUCUCUCAUUAAAUUGUUCAAAUGUUUUUGUCAUUGGAAACUCAUCUGGAGAGGAACAUCUCUGAUCCGAGGUGGGCAUGCACUACGUUUGGGUAGCGACCAGUCAUACAGCAUUGUUGAAGAUGUAAAGCUGUCUAACCUCAGUCCUAUGCCCUCAAAUGCUAAUUUAGCACCAUACAUUGUUGUGAAAGUAAAGCCAUACUCAGCAUGCAUGCUCAACUGUGAAUACGAACUCUAUUAUUCAGGGUGUUCAGGAUCAACCAUGAACAUAUAUCGGAGCAUGAUUUUUACCUGUGCAACGUAGGUGUGAAUAUUUACAAAGUAAUACCGUACGUGAAUGUAUUUUUACUGUGAAAAGAUGUACAAAAGUAUGAGCCAUCAUAUCAGGGUCUUAAAUCAUAAUUUGGAUUCCACUUCUUGUGAGCGUCAACGUGGACAAUAUUAAUAACAUUCACUGUAUCUUCAUACAAAUCUUUUACAAAAAUCGUACAAAUCUUGUGACAAAACCGCAGCUGUUGUUGAAAGUGCAGGGUGUCUCUGGAACAUAGCACUGCUGCAUUAGUGCCUACAUUUCUGGCUAGCUGGGCAUCCCUCCCUCCCUUCUCUCUCUUACAAUGAGCCAGAAGUUGGAGAAGUUGACCUUGGAGACGGACCAGAGCUGUCAGCCUCUGGUCUACACCGUGGAGGAGCUGGAGUGUAAGAUUUGCUACAACCGUUAUGACACGCGCACCCGCAAGCCCAAGGUGUUGGGCUGCCUCCACCGCGUCUGCGCCAAAUGCCUGAAGAAGAUCGUGGAGAACUCGUCCCCCAGCAUUGUCAGCUGCCCCUUCUGCCGCCACGAGACGCACGUGUCCGACGAUGACAUCUGGCUGCUGCAGGACGACAGCAACAUCCUGGCCAUCCUCACCUACCAGGACCGCGCCAGGAAGAGUGGCGGUUCCAUCACUCCGAGUGGGGAGGUGCUGCUCACUCCGGGCAGCCUGAGCGGGAGUGGCGGUGGAGAGGGUGGCUGUGGUGGUACUGGGGGCGGCUGCGUCACAACCAGUGAGCAGUCACACAGCUCCUCCGACUGCCUGGUCAUCACCAUCAUGGAGGUGCCGGGCGAGUCGCAGUCAUCAGACUCCAUGAGCAUGCUCAAUAUGGUGCGCCUGUACCGGCCCGCCAGCCUGGCCUCGCUGCCCUGCCACCUGCCCGCGCAGAAGUGCGGCGCAUGGACCUCUCGCACCUUCCCCAGCUUCCUUAUCGGCGUCCUGUGUCUAGUCUACUUCUCAUCGCUGCCGCUGGGCAUCUAUCUUCUGAUGAUCCAGCAGCUCACCCUGGGAAUCAUCCUGGUCAGCCUGGUGCCCUCCACCCUGGUUCUGUGUGUCUUCUACGGCUUCUGUCAAUGCCUGUGCCAUGAGAUCAUGCAGUCCAUAGCCACAUAACCAUGCCUCCGCUUUACUCCCCUUCUCCAUCCUAAUACCAAUGUAUUUCUAUCAAUGGAUGUGACAUAGCAAGACCUGUAAAAGACAAAGCCAAAUCACCAAUGCAAAUCUAUACCCCGUCCUUUUGUAAAAUACACCCCCACCCCUUCCUUUUACCUUCUUCAGAUAAUACCAGCACUAAAACUUCUGAGUGACCACUUGGAUUUGGAUGUAUGGCUUGACUAUUCAAGACAACCUGUGAAAGGCCCACGGCCUGAUGAAUGGUUUUCUAAUUACACAGCUCAACCUGCAUCAGAUUGCUGCCGUUUGUGUUCAUGCAGCUCACCGGAAUGGGCUUCAGUUAUUACUGUGACGAUCACCAAACUGUAUUGUUCAAAAAGAAUAUGAUCCUCUCAGUGUUAACCGUACUGUGGUAGAAUACCCAUCUGCUCGACCAAUGGGCAACGGACUAUGAAAACCCAUAGUUUUAAGGAUGUAUUCAGACAGUCAGCAGUCACCAUGUAUACGCCAUGUUCCUAGUUGCCUUUUAAAGGCAUGUCUGUUUGUGCCCCUGCAGUAACUUAACGUUGUAAAACCUGUCUGUGUCAUUGCAUUGG